AUGGAGCCAUGGCCUCUUCCGUUCCUGCUGUCGCUGCUGCUGCUACAGGGCUGUGUCUCAGGUCCCUCCAAUGAAAACCUGUACAGGAAAGUGUGGCAGCGUGAAGGACAGACUCUGUCUGUGCAGUGCUCCUACAAGAACCGCCGGAACCUUCUUGAGGCCAAGUCUUGGUGCAAAGUCAGGAAGAAGAAGUGUGAUCACAACUUCGUCCGGAGCUGGGUGAGGGGUCCCAGCUACUCUAUGAGGGAUGACGCCAAGGCCAAGGUGGUCCGUAUCACCAUGGAGGCUCUCAGAGUUCAGGACUCCGGUCGAUAUUGGUGUAUGCGGAACACGGCUGGAAAUUUCUACCCCUUGGUGGGUUUCCAGCUGGAAGUAUAUCCAGCCCUCACAACGGAGAGAAAUGUUCCCCACACACAUCUCACCAACACCCUCAAGGAUGGAUUCGCCAACACCCUCAUGGAUGAAUUUGUCACAACCGGCCAAGUCCAUAUUUCAGACCCUCGUGCCCCUUUCACAUCUGAUACAACUGUGUUCACAUCUGACAUGACUGUGUUCACAUCUGGACUCCUCGCCUUGGCUUCAGGGACCACCACAGCAACCCCCGUGACACUCUACAGUUUCACUGAUACCAGUGGCACCAUUACAGAACCUGAGAGGAGCACAGAGUCCCAGCCAGCGACCAUGUCUCCUAGCAAUGCAAGACCCUUCUCUGCUGAUCCAGCGACCACCUCCACCAUGCCCAGACACCAGAAUAGCAGUUUGUCCACCACGGGGACGUGCCACCAGUUAACCCCCAACAGGUCCCAGGAGACUUACAUCCCUGCGAUGGUGGUGGUGUUGACAUUUCUUCCAGCACCUGUGGUGUUGGUUGUGGCCUACGGGAUUUGGAAGAAGAGACACAUGGGAAGAUACAACUUGGGCAACAACUAUGCUAAACCCUGGAUCUACCUUCCUGAAGGACCGGAGACAUUGUGGAAGCCUACUUGA